AUGGCACCCAAGAAAGGCAGCGGCAUCGGCUCUGCUCCUGCCAGGCCCAUCAACAGUUUCUUCACUCCUGUAAACCGUACGAAUGCAACAUCUACAUCUGCUGUCACUUCCGCUCCCGCGGAACCUCUGAACACGAUCGCUGCUCCAGCCGCCCAGGCACGUGCAAAGAAGCGCGUCAAGUUUACGUCGAAGCUCACACCUACGGAAGCUCCUGACGAGGCCAUUCUGACUGGCUUUAGCGGCCAACAGUUUGGUGUUGCUCGUGAUAAUCGAUCAAGAAACCUCAACAUGUUCGUUACGGCUAUCGACGCGGGCCUUCGUCUCAAGCCCGACGUCAAGGAAAACUACACACCCUCCAAAGGCACAGUCAAGCACGUCUUAGAAAUACCACCCCAUCCGAAUCGCCUAGGUGUCCUCCGCGACUUUCGACUUGUCUCUGAGAUGCCAUAUCUCACGCCCGCUACACGCGUUCUUGACGUCGACAUAGAGGGCACACCUACCAAAAUCACAGUGAAUCAAAUUUUGCACUUGCCAUUGCGCGACUUCUCAGAUCUGACAUCGCCUACUAUCAUCCCAUUCACGCUGGACUCUCGCGUUCAGAAACCUAUGCUCACUGGCGCCGCUCUCAGGGCCACAGGCGUAUCGAAAGCCCAUGGUGGUUAUCCCGUUCCCGCUGACUGUCUCCUCGAAGGAGACAUGGGAAUUUAG